AUGGAUAACGAAAAUAACGAAAGUGAAAAUUUUCGCUCUGGCUCAUCGGAUGAUGACAAACCUACAUUGGACGUGGAUCUUAAUGCUCUACAACAGCUUGCUUCUAGUCGCUUAAACAGACAUUGUGUUCACACUCGUAGACUAACAAAAGGACUUUAUAAUGAAAUUUAUUUAUUACAAUUCGAGGCUGGACCAGACUGCAUCGCCAGACUCUCAUGUGAUCUAACCCACCCUGCAGCAAAAUUCUCUAGUGAAGUUGCGACUAUGAAGUAUGUCGCUCAAAACACCAGUAUCAAAGUGCCGGAAGUGUAUGAUUGGGAUUGCACCUUGCAUAAUCCCAUAAAAAUCCCUUACAUUCUCAUGGAACGGCUAUCUGGACAACACUUAUAUCGAGUUUGGGAUGAAUUAACGGUUGAAAAAAAGAAGUGUGUUUUAAGCCAAAUUGUCGACACGUUGCUCGAAUUAUGGACGAAAUGCCAGUUUGAAGAGAUCGGAUGUCUUUAUAUGGACUUUAUGACUUCAACUUUUCGAAUAGGACCCAUUGUAGAUCCUGUAUUUUAUACUGAGGGAAGAAAUGCCAUUCCUAGUUUCACCGGCCCUUUUAGAAGCAUGCAGGAAUUAUUUGACGCCUUGAUUGAAAAAGAAAAAAAAUUCUUCGAGAUUCAUGGUGUGCAAGAACUUAUGAAAAGGAAGAAAAUAAAUCAGAUAACGGCAGCAAGUCAAGUGGCAAAUCUAAUAAAACAAAUGGCCUCACUUCAAUCCAAGUUAUUCGAACCUUUUGAUAAAUCGAUAGAUCAAAAACCCUUUGUUCUUGUUCAUGGUGAUUUCGAUGCGCAAAACAUACUCGUUGAGCGUUCAGUUAAUGAUGAAAUCAAAAUUGUAGGUAUUAUUGAUUGGGAGUUUUCUCGUACAGGAACUUUAUGGAAUUUGUGCCAGUAUCCAAUAUGGAUCCAAGGAGUGGAAGAACCGUUCAGAAUUCUUAACGAUUGGGAGUUGCAAGAGAGUCGUGAAAAGCAGAAGCUAAGAGAAUUUUUCCAUGGUGAAAUGGUAGCAAAAUUGGGGAGCAGAAGCGGACAGAUACUGGAAAUGAAAAAACGAGAUUUGAGGAUCAAAAAAUUAGAGGAUAUGUUUACUUAUAUGAUUCACAGUUUCACAUGUUUACGAGGCUUGUUAGAAUCGUUCUUCUAUCGUUACGGGUCAGAGUUAGCAAACGUUCAUUUUGAUGAUCCUAUUAUAGAGUAUUUCUGGGAAGAUAUUAUUAAAGUUCAAAUUCCACCUAAAAGAACUAUUACGUAUUUGUUAUCAAAGGAUAAAUUAUUAUUAAAUAGAAUCAUGGAAGAAGUUCCUAUUGAUUACAUAGCAUCUGUCUAUUACGAACUUAAAUCUAACGGUUAUAAUUUUUCUUGGCAACAAGCUUCUACCAUAGCAUUUCAUAUGUGGAAAAAUGAAAGCAAGGAUGAUCCUGAAUAUUUAUAA